AUGACUCAGUCUGGCGCCCAUGCAAAGUCGGACACGGACCAAAAGACGGACGGUGCGUGCGCGUCUUGCGAUGGCGCGGAGGCAGAUGACUCUCUGGUGCGCUUGGAUCCCCUGCGAGAGCAGGCUCUGAUGCGGAAGAUCGAUAUGCACAUUGUGCCGUUUCUGGUUGUACUGUAUCUGUUCAGCUUCCUGGAUCGAGUAAACAUCGGCAAUGCGCGCCUCUAUGGCUUGGAAAAGGAUCUGGGCCUCCGUGGGGACCAAUUCCAGGUUGCUGUCUCAAUACUCUUCGUGCCAUAUUGUCUUCUUGAAGUCCCAUCGAAUCUGGUGAUUAGAAAACUUACGGCUUCCAGGUACAUUGCGUUCAUUACCACAGCUUGGGGCAUUAUUGCUACCUUAACGGGCAUUACGCAGAACUUCACUGGUCUUGUUGUCUGUCGUGUUUUCCUUGGGAUCGUCGAGGCAGGUCUUUUCCCCGGCCUGGUUGCCUACAUGACGCUAUUCUACGGAAAACGGGAGAUAGCUCUUCGAGUCGGGUACCUAUUCAGUGCUGCGGCCCUGGCUGGCGCAUGUGGAGGAUUGCUUGCAUAUGCCAUCGGCCACAUGGAUGGAGUCGCCGGCCUUAAAGGCUGGAGAUGGAUCAUGAUAAUUGAAGGCAUCCCAUCUGUGUUCUUGGGUAUCAUCACCUGGUUUGGCCUUGCUGACGAUCCGGAUACGGCAUAUUAUCUCACAGACGAGGACAGAGCUUUUAUGAAAGCCCGCCGGAGCCUGGAAAUCGGCCAGACCGAUUCCGCGCAACAAUUCCAUAUGAAGGAUGCCAAAGAAGGCGCCAAGGAUUGGACUAUUCUCCUUUUUUGCUUGGGCCAGUUCGGGGUUGACGCCGUUUUGUACGGAUAUAGCACGUUUCUGCCCACCAUCAUCCGUGGCAUCGGCCAGUGGACGGCUCCUCAAGUGCAGGCUCUAACUAUUCCAUGCUACGCCGUUGGAGCUGUCACUUACUUGAUCGUUGCUUGGUUCAGCGAUCGGACGCAACAACGUGGCAUUUUCACUAUUGCCUUCUGUGUGAUUACCAUUGCUGGCUAUGCCGUCUUGAUUGCUGAUACUAGUGCUGGCGUGCAUUAUUUUGGAUGUUUUCUAGUUGCAGUCGGCCUCUAUGUCUGUGUUGGUCUUCCGCUUGCCUGGCUACCCACCAACCUGCCACGAUUUGGUAAACGCGCUUUUGCCGGUGGCCUCCAGUUGACGCUUGGGAAUGUUGCUGGAGUCGUUACGCCGUUUCUAUAUCCCAAUCGGGGGGCGCCGCGAUAUGUAAUGGGCCAUGCUGUUACGCUGGCACUUACAGCGUUCUCCGCUUGCAUCUAUGCGUUUAUGUGGUUCUGGUACCGGAGAUGCAAUGCUCUGAGAGACCAAGGUAUGGAAGACAAAAAGAUUGAGGGUAUGACAGAAACCGAGAUCCAGGAGAUGGGUGAUCGGAACCCUCGCUUCCGCUUCACCACGUAG